UCGUAAAACAAAGAAAUGGCACAGUCGAUAUGUACUGAAAAAGAUGGAGAUUAUAUCGAAAUAAUGUGUAAAAUAGUUCUUAAAUAUGUUCGGUGUGUGGCGGGCAUCUAUAGUAGUCAACUGAGAAGGGUUAGUUAAUAAUUGGGAAAAGCUGUAAACGCUCGCCACUGACAAACUGACAACAACGACGAAGUAAAAAGAAAAAGCUCAACGCCCGCGACAGCCCUCUCAACCCUCAACUACGUAUAACAAAAAAUUCUCAGUUGUAACAGACGUCUCUUCAUUUAUUUACCUUUCAGGGUCGCUACUGGAUACUAUGGCUAAUGUAUGCGAGGAAUUGACUCCCUUGAAAAGUUAUUUAUGUUUAACGCCGCGACUAAACAACAUCGGGAAACUUACACAAUUAUUAGAGGCCUUUGUCACUGAAAAUGAAGAUUGCUUUUGCUUUUGCGAUCGAGUUUGCUCCAUAUCUUCUAAAGAGAAAUUUGUGAAUGCCAUCCUCUCCUUUCUUAAGAAUAUUGAUAUGGUUAAAUAUAGUGACUAUCUUAAAGCAUCCCUUUGCACCCUUCGCAUCUUAAGUCGAGAAAAAAUUGGUUUAGGCUAUCUGUGUCAUGACGAAGGAAUUGAACUUCUACUCCUUUGCGCUGGUGUGAUAAGAAGUGAGACCUACCUUCAGUUAAGUGAUUCCUUUACUAAGCCUGCGAAAUUCUCCGACACAACCUUGGAACCUAAACAACUAAGCUGUAACUUUGAUAUCUUUGUCAAGGCGGAAGCGAUAAAAUGCUUGCAUAACCUUAUAUUUGGCGUCAAAGAAGUGACUGAUGCUUUUACUCUGAAGCAUCGUUUUCAACGUCUUUUAAGCGAUCUUCAAUAUAGCCACGGCAACGAUUUGCACCUUUUUUCCUUACUUCACUUUGAAAAAGUGAGAUACGAGUUGACGAUUUUGUUUCUGUUGCUUAAUAAAGCCGCAAAUAAAGAUGACUUAGAGGAAUCCUUUUGGAAUUCUGGAGGGUGCGACACAUUGCUUUCUUUAUUGAAAAAGUUCGCACAUUUCGAGCAAGAAAUUUCCUCCCUUCAGGAGUUUAAGAACGACUUAAUUAUAAUCAACGAAAUUUUUAAGAUUUUAUUCACUGUCACCGUUAAGUUUGGUCGCUUUUCCAACAGGGGUUAUACAGUUUUAGAGCAUGACAAGCAUGUAUUUGUUUGCAUGGUGCAUGUUAUCGCUGGUUUUGUAAAGAACAUGCUGAGCUUCCAAGAGGAAUGUUACCUGGAGGUUGUGGGACAAGCUUUGAACAUACUUUUCAACCUCCCCGCCGGCUGCGAGCAUUUUCUCGUUAUGUACAGUCACUCUCACGACGAUUAUGAAUUUGCCUUUAACAUACUAGUUUACGUCGACCGGCAGGCUGCAAGGCUUGAUAGAGGCGACUGUAAAGGCGUUAGCGACAACCUUGUCGCCCUUUUCAGUGUAUUACGAAGAGCUUCACGCAGUAUUUCUAGUUUAAGAAAGUUUUUUUACGCCAAAAUACUUAACCCAAAGAGAAACUAUAACGUUAGACCAGAAGCUGAGGAUAGCUACCGAGGCCGGUUGGUAAAACUGCUUCGCUCACCGUUUGGCAACUUGAAUUGCGCAGUGGGGGGCUUCCUACUUGAUCUCUGCAAGGGAAACGUGACCAGACUUGCCAGGUACACAGGCUAUGGGAACGCCGCAGGUUUGCUGGUGCUAGGAGACUUGUUCUCUUACGAGGACCCUCCUGAGUUUUCCGAUAAUGACGAGGAUGUGGAGCAGGAAAUCCUUUCCGACUACCAAGGAAAAGCGAUCAACCCCAUAACUGGCUGUUAUGCCACGAAACAACCCGACUCUCUACAGGAAUUAACUGAAGAAGAAAAGGAAAAAGAGGCGGAGAAACUUGGUCUUCUAUUUGACAAACUGAACGCCACGGGAGUCAUAAAGGUUAUGAAGGUGGACAAAGGCGACAAGUUAGCGGAACUCGGCCCAUCAAACGCGACGUUAAAUCCGACUUGGUGGGCGUCAGAGCCCAGCUUUGUAGUGUCAAUAAGCAUGGACAAGCCAAUAGAUGCAUUCUUAGAAAUGCUUUGCGUGUAUGAGACUGCAAGGGCUGCCUUGUUAUCUAUCUUGGCUUUUAAAACAGCCCCAUUCUCUAGAGAGAACUUUCCUCCAACUUGA